CCGCUCCGUUUCAAAGGGGGAGCCGUCAAAUCAUCAUCGACCAAUCAGAGGACGCACCGGGAAAGGAGAGAGCAGGCGUUUCGCCAGCGCGCGCCCUUCUGCACGGUGGACUCCGCUCAGCGCGGACGGCAGCGCUGACGUCGCGCAAAUCCCGAGCUUCGAGAGCGCGAAGCCCAAGCCGAGCGCCAGCGAAGGGAAGCUAACCCCGAGCUUCGAGAGAGGGAAGCCCAAGCCAAGCUUCAACAGAGGGAAGCCGCAAACCCCGAGGAUCUAGAGAGAGAGAAGCGCAAGCCAAGCGCCAGUGGAGGCAAGCCAACCCCGAGUUUCAGGAGAAGGCAACCCAAGCCCAGCGCCAGCAGAGGCAAGCAAUCCCAGAACUUCGACAGCAUGGAGACGAGCAGAGAUGCCGACGCAGGGAGAUUCCUUCCAACGACGGUGCCAAUGGACGGUUCAAGAGAGAAUUCCUCGACCGUGAAUUCGGCCACAGCUGCGAAGUGUGUGAUAGACUGGUUUGAUCACACCCUCAUGCGACUUAAGAAUGUGCGCAAUCCGGCGCACAGGACGACCACAGCUCCACUGUUUCAGCAGACUUCACUUCGUGGAACUGCGUUAUUAACAGCGAAGCUGUUUAAUUAGCUAGCCGUAAAAAAGUAUGGUGUUUCGCAGAAAGCCAGCCGCGCCGAAGCCAUGGCAACUGCAGUGACGCCGCAGCUGCUAGAACACCUGGCGCAACCUACCGCCUGUGCACUGCGCAUGCGCCGACCGUAAGCCGGUGCGCGGCGGCGCUCGAUCAGAUGCAGCCAUGGGACGUACAAAGAUAGUACGUACUCCCGAAGAAGAAGCGGCGAUUCGAGAAGCGAGGCUUGCCGCUGUACGAGAGCAGCAACGGCAGCGACGAGCACAUCCAGAAUACGCGGCCAGGGAAAGGAAGAGCAAGAGACGGCGGCGACAAGAUCCCGAGUAUAGGGACCGUGAACGUGAGUCGAAUUCUGCGCGUAUACGGGCUCUGCGCCAGGAUCCAGCCUACCGGGAAGCCGAGUACGAGCGGCGCCGAGCUCGUGCUUCUACCGGCGGUGCCGACGCGCGAUUCCAACACUCGAGUGACAGUGAUGUCGGGCCCGACUCUCCCGUGUGUGAGGGGGAUGAACUGGGCUGUGCAGCCGAGGGCUCCGAUGGUUCUUCACGUGUCGGCCCUUCCAAAGCAACAGCUACAGAAAAACCACAGAAAUCGGUGUCCAAGGGAUGUCAGGCCGAUUUGCCAAAGCCACAGAAAACGGCAUCGAAGGGAUGUCAGGCCGAUUUUUUACCAACAGAAAAACCACAGGAAACGACAUUCAAGGGAUGUCAGACGACCGGAAUCACCAGGACCCAAACACGGCUAACCCAUGCGGAGGAAGUUGAGCAGGAGCCCUGUGCAGAACUUGUGAAGGCGUUCCCGGAGCCAGAAAAGCUCUUGGGGAGCAGGAAACGGCCCGCGUCACCACACGCGAGCAGAUCCACAAGAGCCAGUGCCAGUUCUCCGCCUACAUGUGCCAGUAGAGCUACUGGGCUGACGACAUCGAGCGGAACACCAAAGAGAAGCCGUUUGAGUGCGACGAGUGCGGCCAGUGCUUCAACGUCUCGUUGAACCUGAACCAUUUCAAGAAACUGGACUCGGAGGACACCGAGAUGCAUGCUUACGCCGACUGUGGCAAGACAUUCGCCCAGAACGCACACCUCAAUUCGCACAUGCGGAGGUAUACGGGCGAGCAGCCCCGUCAAUGCAGCCAGCGCCACCAGUGAAUCGCCAAGCUUGGCAGCGUCAAGGAGCAAGAGUGCAUGGUGCUCAUGGGCGACUACCCACACUGCUGCCCACCCUUUGGCAAGGGCCUGUCCAACAACUUCAAGCUGAAGAAGCACUUCCACAAGUGCCACUUUUAUUUCAAGAUGGUGAACGAGGACAAACAGACGACGCAGACUACACCAGUGAUUCCAGCAGU